AUGUGGGGGCAGACCUCUCUCCACAGUGGGUGGGGCUACGGCGCGGGCAAGCCAGGCUCUGGGGCCAGCGGAACUAUUCGAGGACCACCGUCAGGCAGCUCUGCGCCUCCGGAUGGAUUCAGCCGGCCAGGAUCCCUGUGCUGUCUGAUACACGCCGCUGCGCCAGUGCGCACCACGGUCAGAUUCCCGCAGCUGAGCCCAGAUCGGCCUGCCGCUACACUGAGCAAGACCAGGCCAGGCCUUGCAUGCUGGGGUGCCUGUGUCUCCUCGGGGCUGCGUUUUCCCACCGGAGAGGUGAGGGCCUCGCGGGGGGAGUCUCAGGGAGGAGGCGCAUCCCGGGGACCGGCUGUGUUGUCAGGCGCCCUCGCUUCCCUCCCUCGGAAGGCGGUGCGCUCCGUGUCCGGUGUCCGCGGGGCAGGGGCCGGCCUCCCCCUCCACUGUGUCCCGGAGUCGCUCGGUGACUCAGGGCGGCUGUGA